CCGAAUGGAAGACAGCAAAGGAAGAGUAUGUGUUACUGGUGGUACUGGCUUCAUAGGUUCUUGGAUCAUUAAGAGACUUCUUGAAGAUGGCUACUCUGUUAGUACUACCGUUAGAUCCUACCCAGAACACAAGAAAGAUGUGAGCUUCCUCACAAAUUUGCCAGGAGCAUCUCAGAGGCUGCGAAUUCUGAACGCAGACCUAAGCGAGCCAGAAAGUUUCAAGGAAGCCAUUGAAGGGUGCAAUGGAGUGUUCCAUGUGGCUACUCCAGUGGAUUUUGAAGAAAAGGAACCUGAAGAGAUUGUGACCAAAAGAUCCAUUGAUGGAGCAUUAGGUAUUCUGAAAGCUUGCCUUACUUCAAAGACUGUGAAGAGGGUUGUUUACACUUCCAGUGCCGCUGCUGUUUCUGCAACUGGCAAAGAAGAUGAAGUGAUGGACGAGAGCUCAUGGAGUGACGUGAAUUUACUUAGAACUUCGAAGACAUUUGGAUGGUCUUAUGCAGUUUCUAAGACAUUGACAGAGAAAGCAGUGCUUGAAUUUGGACAACAAAAUGGAUUAGAUGUUGUCACUUUGAUUCCCACUUUUGUUGUUGGACCCUUCAUUUGUCCUAAGCUACCUGGCUCUGUUGGUUCAACACUCUAUUUUUUACUUGGUAAGAAUGACCCACAUAGUUAUCAGCAAACACCUAUGGUUCAUGUUGACGACGUGGCAAGAGCACACAUAUUCCUGCUUGAACAUCGCAAUCCAAAAGGGAGAUAUAAUUGUUCUAAAUGUUUUGCAACCAUUGAAAAAGUGACUGAAAUAGUGUCUGCUAAAUACCCAGAAUUUAAGAUACCAACCCCAGAUUCCUUGAAACAAAGCACUGGCUUGAAAUUUCCAGAUCUGUCAUCGAAGAAGCUCAUAGAUGCUGGAUUUGAGUACAAGUAUGGACUUGAGGAAAUGUUGUUGGAUGCAAUUGAAUGCUGCAAAGAAAAGGGUUAUUUGUAGCUAUAUAUAAUAGUGUCAUGUCAAAUUAUCCUGUCAAAAAUAUGUAAAUGGCCUUAAAGUCUAAUGAUACGAAUGCUCCUUGUAAGUAAGAAGUCACUGGUUAAAUCCCAAUAUGUAAACUUGACCUAUUAUUGUCUAGACUUGUAAUUCACAAAACAUAUAUGUAAUAAUAUGGUGAUGAGUAUGUAAUUGUCGUUUUGGCAAA